CCCGACAAACCCUUCCGCAAGCUGAACCCCUUUGGCAACACUUUUCUUAACCGGUUCAUGUGCGCCCACCUCCCCAACCAGGUGCUGGAGAGCAUCAGCCUCAUCGACACCCCCGGCAUUUUGUCCGGGGCCAAACAGCGCGUCUGCCGCGGCUACGACUUCCCGGCCGUGCUGCAGUGGUUUGCGGAGCGCGUGGAUCUCAUCAUCCUCCUCUUCGACGCCCACAAACUGGAGAUCUCAGAUGAGUUCUCCGAGGCCAUCCGGGCGCUGCGGAGGGGCAACGAGGACAAGGUGCGGGUGGUGCUGAACAAGGCCGACAUGGUGGAGACGCAGCAGCUGAUGCGCGUCUAUGGGGCGCUGAUGUGGUCCCUGGGGAAGGUGUUCAACACCCCCGAGGUGCUGCGCGUCUUCAUCGGCUCCUUCUGGUCGGAGCCGCUGCUCAUCGCCGACAACCGGCGGCUCUUUGAGCUGGAGGAGCAGGAUUUGUUCCAGGAGAUCCAGAACCUGCCCCGCAAUUCCGCCCUCCGCAAGCUCAACGACCUCGUCAAGAGAGCGCGGCUCGUUAGGGUGCACGCGCACAUCCUGAGCCGCCUGAAGAAGGAGAUGCCGGCGGUGUUUGGGAAGGGGCACAAGAAGAAGCAGCUCAUUGCGCAGCUGCCGCUGCUGUUCGCGCGCAUCCAGAUGGAGCAGCACAUCCCGCCCGGCGACUUCCCCGACUGCGCCCGCAUGCAGGAGCAGCUGCUGGCUCAGGACCUGACUCGCUUCCCGGCGCUGAAGCCGCGGCUGCUGGAGGCGCUGGAGGAGCUGCUGACGCGGGACAUCGCCGCGCUGAUGCCGCUGCUGCGCCGCGAGGAGGGGGAGGCGGCGCCCGGGGUGCAGGGAGGGGCGUUCGAGGGAGCGCGGCGGGGGCCGUUCGUGGAGGGGGGCGAGGAGGACGAGGAGGAGGAGGGCGAGGGCGGCGAGGACGAGUGGGUGGUGACGAAGGACAAGGCCAAGUACGACGAGAUCUUCUACGGGCUGUGCCCGCUGGGCGGCAAGCUGAGCGGGCGGCAGGCGCGGGGCUGGAUGGUGGGCAGCAAGCUGCCGCGCUCCGUGCUCGGCCGCAUCUGGCAGCUGAGCGACGUGGAUCGGGACGGGAUGCUGGACGCCGAGGAGUUCGCGCUGGCCGGGCACCUGAUCGGAGCCAAGCUGGAGGGCAGGGGGCUGCCCAGCGACCUCCCGCCGCGCCUCGUGCCGCCCUCCAAGCGGCGCCAGAAGGGCUCGGCGGAGUGAACGGGAAUAAAAGGGACGGAGAGCGGC